AUGUAUAUCUCUAUCCAUAUCUAUCUAUCUAUGUAUCUUCCUUUAUUCAUUUAUCUAUCUAUCCCAAUAUAUUCAUUAUCUAUCUAUCUCUUUAUUGAUAUCUAUCUAUCUAUCUAUCCAUCCAUUUAUCUAUCCCAAUAUAUUGAUUAUCUAUCUAUCUAUCUAUCUAUCUAUCUAUCUAUCUAUCUAUCUUCAUUAUAUAUCUAUCUAUCCUUUUCUAUUAAUUAUCUCUUACCUAUCUAUGAAUUGAUAUCUAUCUAUCUAUCUAUCUAUCUAUCUAUCUAUCUAUCUAUCUAUCUAUCUAUCUAUCUAUCUCUUCAUUUAUCUAUUUAUUGCACUCUCCUUGUAUUUGUCUACCUAUUUAUCUAUCUUGGUCUCAUUCUAUCUAUCUAUCUAUCUAUCUAUCUAUCCUUGUCCAUUCAUUAUCUAUCUAUCCUUGUCCAUUCAUUAUCUAUCUCUUCAUUAUUCUGUUCAUAUCUAUCUAUCUAUCUAUCUAUCUAUCUAUCUAUCUAUCUGAGUCUGUUCAUAUCUAUCUAUCUAUCUAUCUAUCUAUCUAUCUAUCUAUCUAUCUAUCUAUUUAUCUAUCUCAGUCUGUUCAUAUCUAUCUAUCUAUCUAUCUCAGUCUGUUUAUAUCUCACUAUUACUCUCUAUCAAUCUAUUUAUCUAUCUACAUAUAUAUAUGACAGUUAUUUUGUUUCAUUUUUGGUUUCUUUAUAUCUAUCUAUCUAUCUAUCUAUCUAUCUAUCUAUCUAUCUAUCUAUCUAUCUAUCUAUCUCAUUAUUAUCUAUCUCAUUCUGUUUAUAUCUAUCUACCUACCUCAGUCUGUUUAUAUCUAUCUAUCUAUCUAUCUAUCUAUCUAUCUAUCUAUCUAUCUAUCUAUCUAUCUAUCUAUCUAUCUACACGAGUUUACAGCCAUCAUCAUGUUUCUAUCUGUCUAUAAAUCUAUCUAUCUAUCUAUCUAUCUAUCUAUCUAUCUAUCUAUCUAUCUGUUCAUUAUCUAUCUAUCUAUCUAUCUAUCUAUCUAUCUAUCUAUCUAUCUAUCUACCCGUCUGUUCAUUAUCUAUCUAUCUAUCUAUCUAUCUAUCUAUCUUCUAUAUAUCUAUUUAUCUCCACGCCUUUCUAUCUAUGUCUGUCCAUAUACAUCUAUGUAUCCAUUGUAUACAUUUAUGUCAAUCCAUAUCUCUCUCUCUCUCUCUCUCUCUCUCUCUCUCUCUCUCUCUCUCUCUCUCUCUCUCUCUCUCUCUCUCUCUCUAUCCCAGUAUAUUCAUUAUCUAUUUAUCUAUCACAGAUAAAUAUCUAGACUAUCUAUCUCUAUGUAUCUAUCUAUCCUAUUUAAGUCUAUCUAGGUUAUCUAUGGAUCUAUGUAUGUAUGUAUGUAUCUAUCUAUCUCAGUAUCUUCCAAUGUCACUACUCCAAUCUAUCUAUCUAUCUAUCUAUCUAUCUAUCUAUCUAUCUAUCUAUCUCAUUAUUAUCUAUCUCAUUCUGUUUAUAUCUAUCUAUCUACCUACCUCAGUCUGUUUAUAUCUAUCUAUCUAUCUAUCUAUCUAUCUAUCUAUCUAUCUAUCUUUUUUAAGCAUUUCACCCCAAGCAAUCUAUCUAUCUAUCUAUCUAUCUAUCUAUCUAUCUAUCUAUCUAUCUAUCCCUAUCUUUUAA